CAGCCCGGCCCCGGCCACACUGACUUCCGGCCGCUGGCAGAACACUUCCGCUUCCGGGUCAGUCUCGGCCUCGCUCUCCGCGGGACUGACGGGCAGCGACCGCGGCGGCCGGCAGCAUGAUCGAAGUUGUCUGCAACGACCGGCUGGGCAAGAAAGUGCGCGUGAAAUGCAACACUGAGGACACGAUCGGCGACCUGAAGAAACUCAUCGCGGCUCAGACUGGGACCCGGUGGGACAAAAUUGUGCUGAAGAAAUGGUACACAAUUUUCAAGGACCAUGUAUCACUGGGAGACUAUGAAAUCCAUGAUGGCAUGAACCUGGAGUUAUAUUAUCAGUAGCCUUGACUCUAGCUGCAGUUGCAUAUGGCAGGCAUCACUUUUCUAAUUUUUUUUCUAAUAUAAAACUUGUCUAUAAACUUUAUUUCAUGUAAGUUAAACAUUAAAAGCUCAAGUUGUGCAUGUAGUUUUAUCAGAUGUCUUUAGCUUUGAUGGCAAUAAAACUAUCUGCAAACUUGUAAGAAGGUUGAUUUUGUUUUAAAAAAUUGUGCAUAAUAAAUGUCUCCCGACAACUUCA